AUGCUUUACUCAUCCAUCCUCCUUGGCCUACUUGGCCUCCCAGUCGCCGUCCUUGGUGCCCUCGAUGUGUCCACAGGGGACGACGAAGGCGGCAUCUCCAAGUACAGUGGGACGUACAGUUACACAGACCUCUGCGGAGAUGUCACCGACUGGAAAAACGAGACGAUGGCCCUCUCCCCCCUCAAGUCCGAUUGCCAGGCAAUCUGGCGGAUUAUGAACGACUCUCCCGGCUGGAUUAUGUUCGCCAACCUCGGCGAGUGGGACAGCGAUCAGAACCACGGUCUGUACCCGCUUGUCACUCACGGCACUUGCACUUUUGCCAUCAGGCCUCAGGUUUGGGAGGGUACCUCGGCCAGACUGUAUGUGGGCUCGUCUGACCUGAAUGGCAUCUUCAAUAAUGCGCCCAACGACCUUGGUGGUAUCGAUAGGGUUGGGGCGUCGGGCAGAAUGGGAUGCAAGUUCCGCAAGAGCGGUGAGCCGGAGAAAGAGAUUUUUUUCAGGAUCUACAAUCCCAACGACCAGAAAGCGAAGGACUUUGGUGAUAGUUGGUAG